AUGCUGGAUAUCCUUCAAUUGGCCCUAGCAGCCUUGGCACUGAGUUCGGCAGGGAGCGCGUCUCCGCACACAGUCGCGCUCACAUCUCGCAGCAUACCCAAGGGCCAUAUACCUGCUCUGCGGCGAAGGGGCUUGUCAGCGGUCAAUGUUCCACUCGAAGAUUACUUCUCGGGCACAGAUCUUCAGUGGUAUGGAAAUAUCUCAGUCGGUACCCCUCCCCAGAAUGUCAGUGUGUUGUUCGAUACGGGCAGUUCGGCACUUGAGUUUGCGAGUACGCAGUGCGGUUCAGCAUGCGCCAACCAGACCUUAUUCGAUCCAUCUCAGAGCUCUACUUUUAUAAGCAGCGGAAAAAAUACGACCCUGUACUUCGAGACGGGUGUCGGCGUCACUCCCGUGAUCCCGCAAAAUUGCUGGCUCGAGGUGGUGUCUGCUGAAGACACUAUCUCUAUCGGUGGGCUUACUGCGCCAAAUGUCUCACUCUUCACUAUUGUGAACCAAUCGGUGUCGUUUGACGUCGAUCCAUUCAGUGGUAUCCAAGGCAUGUCGACUACGGGGCAGGGAUUCUUUACUGGGUUGAUUUCCCAAGGUCUUCCUGCGCUGUUCGGCAUGUACCUUACUCCCCGAGCGGUCGGAAAUGCUGAAUUGACCAUCGGGGGAUACGACGACACGAAGUUCCAAGGCAAUGUGACGUAUUCAAACAUCGUUGCGAAGGCGGAAGGAUCUUGGCAGCUUCCUUCGUCUGGCAUCUACGUCAACAAUCAGACAGCCUCAAUCCUGCAGCAGCCGCUUCCCAUUAUCUUCGACAGCGGAACGAGUAACAUCUUGUUCGACACGAACAUUACCGAGGCAAUGUAUGCUCUCAUAUCACCCGAUAUCCAGCCAUAUGCGAACGAGCCUGGGGCGUAUGGCAUCGCCUGCAGCGCGAUCGCCAACCUCUCCGCAACAAUCGCGGUCACCUUCACCUCCCAGGACGGCGGACGGUACAACCUCACGAUUCCCAGCAGCGAGCUGAACGUCGGCGCGUUCGCGGACAAUUCGUCGCACUGCCAGACGCUGAUCAACGCGUACGACGGUGUGCGUAUCUUGGGCGGGAGCUUGCUCAAGCAGUACUACAGCGUGUGGGACAUCAGCAACCAGCGCUUGGGCUUCGGCUCCAAUCAGGAGCUUGUUACUGUCGCCACUUCUGCAGCGGGGUCGGCUUCGGUGGUGACUUUGGCGUCCUGGGUGCUGAUGCUUGUCUGUCCGGUUUUGAUCCUGGGCAGCUGGUGA